GUUUGAGGAAGCACAAGAGCUUCAUGUUUACCUAAUAAAAAAAAAAAAAAAACCAUCUUUUCGUGAGAUGCAUGAUUUUUCUUGGAUCCAAACAGAAGGUGCCUUUUCUUGGCGUUGAGAAAUUGAAUUGAAAGAUGAAAGGUGUUUGGCAGAGGAGAUGCUGCAAAGCCUGAAGAUUAAUUGCAUGAAAAUGUUAGAACCAGAAAGAGGAAUCCAGGGCAUUGCCCAUGCAAAUGGAACAUCACCCACAAGUGACAAAGAAUCUCCGAAGACUCACAAAGCGGCCAAAGAAGGCUCCAAAGUUGGGAAAUACCAACUAUUCCCUCUUCAAGAGGAAAACCCAAAAGAAACCUCUUAGCUAACACCAACAAAACCCAUUCAUUCACCUCCAUUGCCAUUGUAUAAAAGAGUGCCCUAGAAUUACAGAGCGAUAUGCCUCUGUUUUCUGGUUCAAGAGUUCGCAACUUCUUCUGGAAAAGCAAGAGAAAACCUCCAAUGGAUCAGCCCAACAACGCCGCUGCCAUGGUGCAAACUUACGAAGAUUUUGAACCUCUCUGUACUUGGCAAAGAGAGGAAGCCCAGGAGACUCUCAUUGUCCAUCUCCCUGAGUUUCGGAAGGAACAACUGAAGGUCCAUAUUAGCAAUAGGGGACUAAUGAGAAUUACCGGAGAACGUCCAAUUGAUAAAACGAGAACAAGCCGUUUCAUCAAAGAAAUCCAAAUCUCCAAUGACUGCGACCCAACUCGAAUUCAUGCCAAAUUAUCUCGCGGCCUUCUUCACAUUGGGUUGCCAAAGAAAGUUCUCCCGGCCGCGGGCCAGAAAUUGCCGGCGCCAUUAGCAAAACAAGCUCCAGAAAAGGAGCAGCCAAGAUCCAGCGGACCGCAGCAGCCGGAGCAAGGCGUUAAGAGGCCCAAGGUUGAUGACAGAGUCAGAGCCAAACACCGCAUGGAAGUUUCGGAACCGAAGCCGGGGAAGAGAAUGGUGCUGGUAAAGGCGGCGGCGGUGUUGAUUCUGCUGGCUAUUGGAGCUUAUGCAAUAUUUAAGCUUGGAACCUCAGAGGCUGGCGCUGGAGUUUGUCAGUCUUUUAGUUGAUGGAGAAGUGAUUAAGUGGAUAUAUAUAUAUAUAUAUAUAUAAGUAGAGGGAAAUCAGGCAAAUGGCCAAAGCUUAAUUAAUCAACGAUUCUAAUUGUGUUGAUCAAGAAAACUCUACUUUUGCAACGUCUUGUAUAUUGUGACCUGUGAAGACAAUUACUAAAACUGUGUGUGUCUGUGUGUUGUGUAGACAAAAAUGUUUUACAAAACGUCCUCCUGGCAUAUUUUUUUUUAGGAUGCGAUGU